UCCUGCCUGCUCACCUGUUCGCAACCGUUACCCGCUCUUUGCCUCCCUUUUCCUUUGCCUGGGCCCAUCCCCUCACCCCCCCCCAACCGCUGCGUCCAUCACGGAUUCGGUUCGCUCGAUUCAGCCAACCAAUUCACUCGCUCCAACCUAUCUACCAAUCAGUUCCGCUCUUCCAUGACCCACUAUCAGAGCUCCUAUGCCGCCAAUGACCGCGGCAAGGUCGGCGUGGUUCGGAGCCAGUCGACAUCAUCCGCCCGCUAUGGCCUCAAGCGAUUCGUCCCCAAUUUGCGCGGAUUCGCCCCAAGCUCUCAUUCACCCACCUCGCCGUCACCCUCGUCGCCCAGCGUCGAGUCUCCCAGCAGCCUCGACUCGUGGGACCAGCGGCUCAACCCCAGUGCCUCGCCGCGCUCUGAGCACCGGCUUGUCGAGUCGUCGUCGUCCUUUGGCGAUCCCUCCGACCUCACUGCCUCGCCAAGCAGUCCGCUGGAACUCAGCCAAGCAAGCGAGGCCAAGGAACACUCCCUCCGCCUCGCCCCGUCGCUCUCCAAGCUCUCCAUCAAUCAAUCCCCGCUCAAGGACGACCAGCCCACCAGCGCCGAGCUGUUCCGUCUGCUCAACGCUCGGGUGCGUCGGCCCCGCACCUCCUCGGAUGAGAUGUCUCCUCCACCCCUCACUGCUCCGGCCGCCGGCCCUUCGUUUUCCUUCCAGAUCCACCCCACCAGUCCCUCCAACGCACCGUCCUUUGCCGGCUUUGACACCGCCAGUACUGUCAGCAGCGCCGUCUCGGCUGGCUCGAUCCAGUCUUCAUCGGCCUACUCAAUCACUCGCAACAGCAGCCAUCCGAAUCUGCCGCAGCUGCGGACCCACCGCUCGCAUCUCGCCAUGGAUGUCCCCCUGGCUCCGCCGUCGCCGUCUCCAACGCCCCAGAUCAGCUCACAGGCGCUCGCAAAAUGGGCCUCUGUCUGUGGGGCCUUUUCGGUAUCGGACAUCAACGCCGUUCUCAGCCACAAGAGCCGCACCCCGAACGAGAAUGAUCUGUACAUCAAGCUGCUGAACCGCCGGCUGCCCGUGAACCAGUAUCGCAAGUUUUCCCACGACGCCGCCAUCCAGGACAAUGUCAACAGCCAUACCUGCCCGCGCUGCAAGACCGAGGUUGAAUCGCUGGUGCACUUCUUGUUCGAGUGCAAGGUUGCCAGUGCCUUCUGGAAGCGCUUUAACCGAGCGCUGUCGCUGGCCCUCAACGUCGAGCUGCCGUCGAUGCGCCUGCGCGACAUUGUCUUCAUGUUCCCGGAGCUGUCCAUGAUCGUCACCGACGCCCAGCUGCACGUGCUCGUCGUCAUGCACUCGGUCGCCGUCUGGACACUAUGGGGCUCGCGCAGCUAUCCGGUCGGCUCCGAGUGGCGCUUUUUCCUGCAUCGGCUACAGGCCCGCAUCGAUGUCGAGCACGGCCAAAGCUCACAAAGCAUGUCGCUUGUUGAGGAGUUCUGGAGCCGAUGGUGUCAAAACAGCAAGUUCCUGGUUAUCUCCCAAGAAGCCGUGCAGCUCCAUCCCGAUCUGUGACACCCUUCCGGCCAUCCACUCGCCCGUCCGCUCUCGACCCAGCGAUCCCCCAAACCCCAUCCAUUAUUCCGGAGCCCCGGCUGCCUUUUCCAGGCUUUCACCGGCCACUCCAUGGGAUCACCAAGAUUGGUUUCUUUCUUGCUU